AUGGACCGUUUGAGGAGAGUGGCAAAUGUCUCAAAAUUUGCCCAACUCACACCGAUACUGGCCCAUUGUGUGGGAGAUGGUUCAGUAAUCGAAACACAGUGCAUCCUAAUCCAAGAUCCUGUUGCAACAAUUUUACAAUGCAAAGGAGUCCCUUUCCUGGCAAUCGCUCAAGUCAAUUCAAUCAAGGUUGACGGAAGUCCCCAGACAUAUGUGGACAAAGAAAUGCUCCCUGAAAAGACAGUUCUGGUUGGCGUCCAGAUCCUCAGCCUGAAGCCGGCAAAUGUACAGUUGUUGGAUGGGAAGGAGGGUGAUUGGGUGUGGGAAUGCGGGAAUGAUGCAAGCCUCAUAGUUCCUGGAAAAUAUCUCCAACAGAUUAGCCCAGAACUAGUUUUAGAACAUGGAGGGACCUUACCAAGUCCCACCGCAUAUGGAUUCCGGAGUGAUGAGUUGCGCGAUCUUGCCACAACAAUGUUUCAAGGCCUCACCCCGGAAGAUGUCCGUGGACUCAUUGAAACCCAAUUGACAGAAAGUUUCCCAUAUAAAAUCGAAGGCAAGCACUCACAGACAGGCAAGAAGAAUUUAUAG